GAACCUGCGCUUAUCUGCACUGGGCACAGUGCCCUCUAUCCAGUCCCACUGCAGGGAGGUAAAGCCCAGCAGCUCAGUGUUGAACAAUGACUGGAACAGCAAUGUGCUGACUCCUGCCCCGACCCACAGGCCCAUCUACUUUUCAGCACCAGCAUGUAUAAAUAGGUCCAUUUACUCUGGGGUGUGGACAUCGUUUUUGUGGAGCCCCCUGUGAGCACUGCACUGCUAUUCUUUGGGGCCGGUCAGGUAAAUCAGCAUUCAGACACACACAGUAGCAUGGCUCUGAAUAACCCCACCCCACUGGGACCAUGGAAGAUCACAGUUUAUGACCAGGAGAACUUCCAAGGGAAGCGCCUGGAGUUUACCUCAGCCUGCCAGAACAUCAUGGAGUGUGGCGUUGACAACAUCCGCUCCCUGAAGGUGGAGUGUGGAGCCUGGGCAGGAUAUGAACACUCCAGUUUCUGUGGACAGCAGUUUGUGUUGGAGAGAGGAGAGUAUCCUCACUGGGAGUCAUGGAGCGGCAGCAACGCCUACCACAUUGAGAGGAUGAUGUCCUUCCGCCCCAUCUGCUCUGCUAUCCACAAGGAGUCUAAGAUGGUGUUGUUUGAGAAGGAGAACUUCAUGGGACGCCAGUGGGAGAUAAAUGAUGACUACCCCUCUCUGCAGGCCAUGGGCUGGGGCAACAACGAGAUUGGAUCUAUGCAAAUUCAGAGCGGCUCCUGGGUGUGCUACCAGUUUCCAGGUUACCGUGGUUACCAGUACAUCAUGGAGUGUGAUCGUCAUGGCGGCGAGUACAAACAUUACAGAGAGUGGGGCUCCCAUGCUCAGUCCUUCCAGGUGCAGUCACUGCGUCGAAUCCAGCAAUGAGACCCGCUGCCUCCUCUCCCAAACCUCUCACUCUUUACCUCCUCCAGCUCCUCUUCCUCCGCCCCCCCUUCACCCAGUCAUUCCAAGCUUUAGCCGGCUCUGUCACACCUUGGUGAAGGCUGACACUUUGCUGGUGCUUCACAAUCAAGAUGUUUACCGCACUUUUGUUUUGUUCUGUUGCCAAAUGAAAAUAGUGAGAAACGAUGGAAAGAAUUAAGGGAAAAAAAACAAUCACAAGAGAAGCCCCUGACUGACGCCCCACCAUGAAAAGAAAGGAAAUCAAAGGCCUCAGGGUGGAGAUGUCACUUAGAGUCAUUGCUUCUCAUAUUUGUGGGUAAAGAUGGUGCUACCAGUGAUCAACAAAGAAGGGGCAACUUAAAAUAAACAGAAAUACAAGAGUCUGCUGCUAA